AUGAAUGGCUGGCCCGGGUGGGGAAGGCAGGAGGCGGCGAUCCUGGCGGAGGGGGCCGUUCGCCAGCUCCGAGGCAGAAAGUGCCACGACUCCACACGCGCGCACGCAGCCAGCGAGCGGCCGGAGCGGACGGCAGACGGGGCGGGCGGCGUCGAGGUCGCGGCGCCUGCAGCUGCUCGGAAGCGGCUUUUCGGCGGAGGCUCAGCCGUCUCCUCUUUCCCGGUUUCGCGGCGGCGGCGGCGGCGGCGGCGGCUCCUGCCCUCUCGCUCUCCCUCCCGCGUCUCCCGCUGCAGGUGACAGGAAAGCAAGCCAAGAUGGAUAUUUACGACACUCAAACCUUGGGGGUUGUGGUUUUUGGUGGAUUCAUGGUGGUUUCUGCCAUCGGCAUCUUCCUGGUGUCGACAUUCUCAAUGAAGGAGACGUCAUAUGAAGAAGCUCUAGCCAACCAGCGCAAGGAGAUGGCGAAAACUCACCACCAGAAAGUGGAGAAGAAGAAGAAGGAGAAGACAGUAGAGAAGAAAGGAAAGACCAAGAAAAAGGAAGAGAAGCCCAACGGGAAGAUACCUGACCAUGAGCCAGCCCCUGAUGUGACCAUCCUGCGCAAAGACCCAGUGCACACACCUGCAGUGGCUGUGGCUCCAACCCCAGUCCAGUCCCCUGUGAUCAUUGCGCCUGUAGCCACAGUACCAGCCAUGCCCCAGGAGAAGCCGGCCUCUUCCCCUAAGGACAAAAAGAAGAAGGAAAAAAAAGUGGCAAAGGUGGAACCAGCUGUCAGUUCUGUAGUGAAUUCCGUCCAGGUUCUUACCUCAAAGGCUGCCAUCUUGGAAGCUGCUCCCAAGGAAGUGCCUAUGGUGGUUGUGUCCCCUGUGGGUGCCAAGGGCAGUGCCCCAGCCACCAGCACUGCACAGGGCAAGAAAGCAGAGGGGUCCCAGAACCAGGGCAAAAAGGUGGAGGGGAGCCCCAGCCAAGGCAGGAAGGCAGAAGGGAUCCCCAACCAAGGCAAGAAGGGAGAGGGGGCCUCCAACCAGGGCAAGAAAGGAGAAGGAACCCCCAACCAGGGAAAGAAGGGUGAGGGGACUCCCAACCAGGGCAAGAAGGGAGAGGGGACCCCCAACCAAGGCAAGAAGGGAGAGGGGGCCCCCAACCAAGGCAAGAAGGGAGAGGGGGCCCCCAACCAGGGCAAGAAGGCAGAGGGAACCCCCAACCAAGGCAAGAAGGCAGAGGGGGCCCCCAGCCAGGGGAAGAAGGCAGAGGGAACCCCUAACCAAGGCAAGAAGGCAGAGGGGGCCCCCAGCCAGGGCAAGAAGGCAGAGGGGGCUCAGAAUCAGGGCAAAAAGUCAGAGGGAACCCCCAACCAGGGUAAGAAAGCAGAAGGGGCCCCCAACCAGAGCAAAAAGUCAGAGGGGACCCCCAACCAAAGCAAGAAGGCGGAAGGGGCCCAGAAUCAGGGCAAGAAGGCAGAGGGGGCUCAGAAUCAGGGCAAAAAAGAGGCAGGUACCCCAAACCAGGGCAAAAAGGUAGAGGGGAGCCCCAAUCAAGGCAAAAAGGUAGAAGUGGCUCAAAACCAGAGUAAAAAGGCAGAGGGGGCCCCCAAUCAGAGCAAGAAGACAGAAGGAGCCCAGAAUCAGGGCAAGAAAUCAGAAGGGGCCCAGAAUCAGGGCAAAAAGGCAGAGGGGGCCCCCAACCAGGGCAAGAAGGCAGAAGGGGCCCCCAACCAAGGCAAGAAGGCAGAGGGGACCCAGAAUCAGGGCAAGAAGGCAGAGGGGGCCCCCAGCCAGGGCAAGAAGGCAGAGGGGGCCCCCAACCAGGGCAAGAAGGCAGAAGGAGCCCAGAAUCAGGGCAAGAAGGCAGAGGGGGUCCCCAACCAGGGCAAGAAGGCAGAAGGAUCCCAGAAUCAGGGCAAGAAGGCAGAGGGGUCCUCCAACCAGGGCAAGAAGGGAGAGGGGACCCCCAACCAGGGCAAGAAGGCAGAAGGAACCCAGAAUCAGGGCAAGAAGACAGAAGGGUCCUCCAACCAGGGCAAGAAGGGAGAGGGGACCCCCAACCAGGGCAAGAAGGCAGAAGGAGCCCAGAAUCAGGGCAAGAAGGCAGAGGGGUCCUCCAACCAGGGCAAGAAGGCAGAGGGAGCCCAGAAUCAAGGCAAAAAGGCAGAGGGGUCCUCCAACCAGGGCAAGAAAGCAGAUGGAGGCCAGAAUCAGGGCAAAAAGGCAGAUUCAGUUGCUAAUCAGGGCACAAAGGUGGAGAAUGUUGCAAACCAGGGGAAAAAAGCAGAAGGAGCCUCCAAUCAAGGCAAAAAGGCAGAGGGAGCCUUGAACCAGGGCAAAAAGUCAGAAGGGUCCCCCAACCAAGGCAAAAAGGCGGAUACAUCUGCCAAUCAAGGUAAAAAGGCAGAGUCAGCUCCUAUCCAGGGUGAAAAUGCAGACAUGAUCCAGAACCAGGAGGCACCAAAGCAAGAGGCUCCUGCAAAGAAAAGAUCAAGAUCAAAGAAGAAGGGUGAGCCUGGGCCCCCGGAUGCCGACAGCCCACUCUGCCUCCCCUACAAGACGCUGGUCUCCACGGUGGGAAGCAUGGUGUUCAGCGAGGGCGAGGCCCAGCGGCUCAUUGAGAUCCUGUCCGAGAAAGCCGGCGUCCUUCAGGACACGUGGCACAAGGCCACUCAGAAGGGGGACCCUGUGGCCAUUCUGAAACGCCAGCUGGAAGAGAAGGAGAAGCUGCUGGCCACGGAGCAGGAGGAUGCGGCCGUCGCCAAGAGCAAACUGAGGGAGCUCAAUAAGGAGCUGGCAGCGGAAAAGGCCAAGGCAGCAGCCGGGGAGGCCAAGGUGAAAAAGCAGCUGGUGGCCCGGGAGCAGGAGAUCACGGCCGUGCAGGCGCGCAUGCAGGCCAGCUACCGGGAGCACGUGAAGGAGGUGCAGCAGCUGCAGGGCAAGAUCCGGACGCUUCAGGAGCAGCUGGAGAAUGGCCCCAAUGCGCAGCUGGCCCGUCUGCAGCAGGAGAACUCCAUCCUGAGGGACGCCUUGAACCAGGCCACGAGCCAGGUGGAGAGCAAGCAGAACGCAGAGCUGGCAAAGCUCCGGCAGGAGCUGGGCAAGGUCAGCAAGGAGCUGGUGGAGAAGUCGGAGGCCGCACGGCAGGAGGAGCAGCAGCGGAAGGCUCUGGAGGCCAAGGCAGCUGCCUUCGAGAAGCAGGUCCUGCAGCUGCAGGCAUCUCACAAGGAGAGUGAGGAGGCCCUGCAGAAGCGCCUGGACGAGGUCAGCCGGGAGCUCUGCCUCUCGCAGACCAGCCACGCCAGCCUCCGGGCGGACGCCGAGAAGGCCCAGGAGCAGCAGCUGCAGAUGGCCGAGCUGCACAGCAAGCUGCAGUCCUCCGAGGCGGAGGUGAGAGGCAAGCGCGAGGAGCUGAGUGGUCUCCGGGGGCAGCUGGACGAGGCCAGGGCGGAGAACUCACAGCUCACAGACAGGAUCCGCUCCAUCGAGGCCCUACUGGAAGCGAGCCAGGCCCAGGACGCCCAGGCCAGCCGAGCGGAGGCCGACCAGCAGCAGGCCCGCCUCAUGGAGCUGGAGUCACAGGUGUGGUGUCUGGAGAAGGAAGCCACAGAGCUCAAGGAGGCGGUCGAGCAGCAGAAAGCAAAGAACAACGACCUCCGAGAGAAGAACUGGAAGGCGAUGGAGGCCGUGGCCUCGGCCGAGAGGGCCUGUGAGGAGAAGUUGCGCUCUCUGACCCAGGCCAAGGAGGAGUCAGAGAAGCAGCUCAGCCUGACUGAGGCCCAGACCAAGGAGGCCCUGCUGGCCCUGCUCCCAGCUCUGUCCGUCUCAGCCCACCAGGUAGGAGGGGACAUGGCCCCCGGGGACCCCACUCUGUGUGGGGUGUGUUCCGCCCAACCUGGAACAUUUUUGUUGCAGAGUUACGCCGAGUGGCUGCAGGAGGUCAAAGAGAAAGGCCCCGAGCUGCUGAAGCAGCCACCAGUGAACACGGAGCCCUCGGACCUGGCCUCCAAGCUGAGGGAGGCGGAGGAGACCCAGAGCAGCCUGCAGGCCGAGUGCGACCAGUACCGCACCAUCCUGGCUGAGACGGAGGGGAUGCUCAAGGACCUGCAGAAGAGCGUGGAGGAGGAGGAGCAGGUGUGGAAGGCGCGAGUCAGCACCACGGAGGAGGAGCUCCAGAAGUCACGAGUUACAGUGAAACAUCUCGAAGAGGUCAUCGAGAAGCUAAAAGGGGAACUUGAAAGUUCAGAUCAGGUGAGGGAGCACACUUCGCAUCUGGAGGCGGAGCUGGAGAAGCACAUGGCAGCCGCCAGCGCCGAGUGCCAGAGCUACGCCAAGGAGGUGGCAGGGUUGAGGCAGCUUUUAUUAGAAUCUCAGUCACAGCUGGAUGCAGCUAAGAGUGAAGCCCAGAAACAAAGCAGCGAGCUUGCCCUGGUCAGGCAACAGUUGAGUGAGAUGAAGAGCCACGUAGAGGAUGGCGACGUAGCCAGGUCCCCGGCUGUUUCCCCAGAGGCCCCCCCAGCAGAGCAGGACCCCAACAAGCUGAAGACACAGCUGGAGCGGACGGAAGCCCUCCUAGAGGACGAGCAGACACGGCGGCAGAAGCUCACGGCCGAGUUUGAGGAGGCUCAGGACGCGGCCUGUCGGCUGCAGGGGGAGCUGGAGAAGCUUCGUUGCACCAGUACCCUUGGGUCAGAAGCAGAGGAGGCCAUGCAGCUGAAGGAGAGACUAGAAAAGGAGAAGAAGUUAACCAGUGACCUGGGACGUGCUGCCACCAAACUACAGGAGCUUUUGAAGACAACCCAGGAGCAGCUGGCAAAGGAGAAAGACACAGUGAAAAAGCUGCAGGAGCAGCUGGACAAAUCAGAGGAUGGCAGCAGCUCAAAGGAGGGCACGUCUGUCUGAGUCUCCUGCAGAAAAAGAAGUUACUGUUCAACUUACCAAAAUGCCUUACACAUUCCUUACAAAUAAAUAAACCGACCAACACAGCGAUAUCCGGGCCCAACUUCGGUAGCUCUGAGAAGCCAUUAGAGACGACAGUCUCUUAGCAUCAGAAAUAGAUCUUCCAGACCCCAGUUUGUAAGAGAACCUUUGUCACGCUGGAUAAACACUAUUCCCCAGGACCAGCCCGGGAUCACCGGCCAGCAGACGCCAAAGCCCUCAUCAGCUGUGUGACAGACCUGGGCAGUGUGCUGGGGAGGCCGGGACCUCUGGGUAUCUCUGUGUCAAUCAGUGCAAUUGUUUUGUCGCUCAUGGGGUUGGGGGUCAGGUGGUGGGCAGUCCAGGAGGUGAGUCUCAGAGGCUGCGGAGCAGACUGGAGGGUCACAGCCCAGCGAGACAGCAGCCUUCACCCCUGGAAGAAGUUACCACCAGAACUGAAGUGUGACCUCCCAGAUGUUAAUGCCAUUAAAACCCAUGUGUCGCCUGGCG